CCGUGCCCUCGGCCUUCCACGAGCCCCGCUACAUGGGCAUCGCCCUGCACAACGAGCUCAUGGUCUCUGCCACCUUCCACGUGGUCAGGUUCCUGAUUGUCCCCUCGCUGCACCCGGACUGGACUCUGCUGCUCUUCUUCGCUCACACCCACGGCACCAUCACCAUGACCCUGGCCCUGCUCUUCAUCCCCAAGUUCCUGCACACAGGCUCGCCGCUGCGGGAGGAGAUCACGGCCGAGGUGUACGAGGACGAGCUGGACAUGCGGCGCUCGGGCUCCUGCAUGAACAGCAGCAUCGCGUCCGCCUGGAGCGAGCACAGUCUCGACCCCGAUGACAUUCGG